GCCCGUUUUCUUCUUCGCCAACCUCUUUUCUCAUCAUCAUACGAUCGUCACCCUCACCUUCACCAUCAAUCCCCUUCCUUCCUGCGCAUGUAGCGCCGUCAACGUAAUCUUUCUUAGAUCAAUAUCCUACUUGCACUUGAACGAUAGUAUCCUUGCUCUUGCUGCUGCACGAACAAUAGGAGGCGUCCGUCCUUGCCAUUUUGGACUGUAGAAGUCUGCUGAGUCGCGGGGUUUGAAAAGAGCAAGACUCAACUCAUGACCUGCAUCUCGCGUCACCUUCACCUCAUCUGUACCUGAAGUCGAUUAGACCUCUCGAAGGAUCAACGCCCAUUGCAAGUUUAUCUCCUUCGAUCGGGGAUUUGCAGACUGCGAUUUAGUCACACCCUCUGGCUAGUCUAUCCAAGUCAAAUCGAGUAUCUUGACCUCAACAUCGUAGGAGAAUCGCUUCAUCGACCAUGUCAUCUGCAGUAGCGGAGCUGGACACCAUCCUGCAGUCCAUGCUCAAUCUCAAGCCUCCUGGAGUGUCGGGUUCCAAGAUUACCUCCAUCACCUCACUUUGCACCGCCAAUAUUCAAUCCGAAUCAGUCCUUAUCCAGAAAAUCUACACCCACUUCAAGAAGACGCCAGGAACACACAAGUUGGGAGUGCUUUAUGUCGUAGACUCGGUAACGCGACAAUGGGUAGAUCAAGCCAGAAAGGCCGGUCAGCAGAUUGGUAGCGGAGCUCCUGAUGGAACAUUCGCUGCUGGCGUGAAUCGAGUGACUGAAUUACUUCCCGUGCUCAUGAACGAUAUCAUCGCUACGGCUCCAGAAGAUCAAAAGGUCAAAAUCAACAAACUCCUAGAGAUCUGGGACCGCUCACAAACAUUUCCUGCACCAUUGCUCGCCUCCCUCAAAGAAAAACUUAAUGCUCCUAGAGUUUCUACCACGCCAGAAGGGUCUCCUGGACCAGGUUUCGUGCCUCUUGGUCAGCACUCAACAUCUAACAACAUGCCUUCAGCAGCACCUCCUCAGCAAGAUACCUCCGCCAUCCUCGAAGCUCUCAAAAACAUGGCGAAGCAGAAUGCUGCCGCGCCGCAACCCGCAGCUGCACCCACACAAUCUAGUUUGAAUAGUCUGUUAGGCGCGCAAGCUGGAACUCCCUUACCGACCAGUACCGUAAAUCAAGGGCCUAUUCCCACUGCCGCCAACGCGCAGGCUGUAAACCCGCUGGGAGCUUUGCUUGCAGGAAUGAGUAACGGUGCGCAGAGCCAAAGUCCUGCCAAUGUGCCGCCGAAUCCACUUGCUGCUUUUCUACCUCAGCCACAAGCUCCUGUUCCGGUGCCUCAAAAUCCUGCUCCCAUAAACCAAGACGUUCAGGCUCAAAUCCAACUUGUGCAGCUUUUGGCUGCUCAAGGUGUUCCUCCCGAUCAGUGGGGCACGGCUCUUCAAUUGCUGAACAUGCAGAGCGCUGGUGGCAGUGCCAAUGCCUUACCAUUCCAGGCCCCAAUGCAAGCCAACAAUUGGGCGGCCCCAGGUGCUGGUCAGUCACGUGAUGCUCACACCCGGUCUCCUCCGGGCCAGUACCGGCGGCGGUCUCGUUCUCCUGGCUAUGAUAGAAGACGAGACCUGUCUCCCAGACGCCAUCGGGACAGUCCAGCGGCUGAUCAGCACCGUGACCGCGACUAUCGUCAACGAAGCCCGCCUGGUAGGAGACGUCGUACCCCGACUCCCCCCAGUCUUGACCCGAGCCUUCCACCGCCAGGCCCGAAGACCAUCACAUAUGACAAAAGCCUGCCAAGAGGUCAUAUCAAGGUCUACAGCCGAACACUGUUUGUUGGGGGCGUCACCUCGGGCGAACCUACCCUGCGACAGCUUUUCAGCCGAUUCGGAGUGGUGCAGACUUGCAUUGUUAAUAUCGACAAACGCCAUGCUUUCAUCAAGAUGAUCAACCGCCGAGAUGCAGAGGCGGCCCGGCAUGGAAUGGAAGAGUACAAAAUGGGCGACGCACAGCUUCGAACCAAAUGGGGUGUAGGCUUCGGCCCACGUGACUGCAGCGAUUAUGCCACCGGUGUUAGUGUCAUUCCUAUCGAGCGACUGACGGAAGCCGAUCGCAAAUGGCUUCUCACCGCCGAAUACGGUGGCACUGGUGGCAAGCCUCUUGAAGAAUUCAUGGUUGUUGAAGAACCUGACAUUGAGAUUGGUGCUGGAGUCUCGUCGAAAGCUAUGAGUCGACGCGUUCCUACCGAUUCAGGUGGUCGACGGGGCCCUCAGUCCUCUCGUCAACAUGGUGGCCGAGAUGAAAGACGCCGAGACGAUGAUCGCCGAAUGGACCGAGACGACCGACCAGGCUCUGCCAAUAACACUGGUGUUAUGCCGCCCAUGGGAUUUCCUAUGAAUUUUGGAACUGGCAUGCCAGUGUUCCCUCCAGGGUUCCAGUUCCCUGGCAUUCAGCAAAAUCAGCAAGAAUAGUUCGAGCCAAAUCAAAGGAUAGGGGUCGAAGAAGGUGUACACAGCGCUGGGGGAAGACUACGACUUGAAGACUCAUCUCGAUUGAUACCCUGUACAUGAUUGAAAUUGCAUCUUCGGCGUUGAUUGGGGUGGGAGGGACAUCUGAGGCGGUCUCCAUCGUUGUUGGGAAAGGCCACGGCGGGGCUCCCACCGACAUCUACUUGCACCUGGAACGUUCAUCAGUGCCACUUCUUUUGUUCAACUGGGCAGUCCUGAGCUUAUCAUGGCUGCAUAUGAAGGCCUUCGACUGCGACACUUGCUUCUGUCACGCUGGAUUGGGCAUACAGGACUCAAUUACAUAGUUCAUCAUACCUCAGACCACUUUUUCUGC